AUGAGAGUUGUAGUAUCAACGAUCGGUACACCAAGCUAUAGGACAUCAGAACAUCUUGUCAAGAACAUACAACCAACUCUGAAUAAAAACGAAACAAGGUUAAAGAAUUCGAGAACGUUUGUCGAAACUUCAAAAGGUUGGAUUAUCACGCCAGACGAAGUACAAGUUUCGUAUGACGUUGUAAAUCUUUAUCCAUCAGUACCGGUGAAAAAAGCAAUAGAUGUAAUUAUUGAAAUUCUAGCUGCUGAUGAUGAAAUACGUGUGAGAACAAAAUUGACUCUGGAAGAUAUACGAUUACUAAUUGAAUUAUGCCUGUCUAAGUGUUACUUCAUAUGGGAAGAUAAAAUCUACCUUCUUCAAAACUCGGGUCCAAUUGGCCUAGCUCUUAUGGUUGUUGUUGCAGAGGCGUUUCUUCAAUAUCACGAAAGAAAUGCAAUUAGUGUUGCUCUCCAACGUAAUCCACCUGUUGCACCGAAAUCGUUUAAAAGAUAUGUUGACGACAGCCAUGCCAGGUUUGAAAAUCUUGAAGAAGCCAAAUCGUUUCAAAACAUUUUGGACGAACAAAAUGACAACAUAAAAUACACGAUGGAAAUUCAAGACCUGACAAAAUCACUACAGUUCUUAGACCUAAACAUUUAA